GUUCUCUUGUCCGGUACUUCGAGGCGGUCGUCUUCUUGACUCAUGCAAAAGUAGCUGUCUCGAAUGGACGAAGCAGGUCCUAGCAAGUCUUGGGACCGUUCGACCUCGUCAUCAGUGCGCAUACAGUUCCCAGCGGAAGACGGAGGGCCCGCUCGCUCUAGCGCGGUGGAGAAUGCUCGAUUCGCGUCAAUUGGUCUAGGACCUCCUCCUAUCUUACGGAGGCCUGCAGCAGAACAGAGCGCGACGAUUCACGACAGACGCCGCCGUGUACGUUCAGUGGAUGCUGCCGCUAUAUUCUCAGAGCCAACACAGUCUGCAAGAGCAGCCGAAGGAUCCUCUGCAAACGCUCGUAGACGGACGUUGACGCAGGCUCACCAAGGAGCUGCCAGCAAAGCGGCGAGCGGCGUCCGAUCCGAGGGGGCUUCAAGUGACCUUGGGACUCUUUCUGAUGAAUACGCAUUAGGUCAGUCAGAUCCCGGCAUUUUGGAGGACGUUCAACGGGCACUUAAGCUGAAAGCCAGGCGUGAAGCGCGUCUUCGCGCUUUGCAAGCUAAUGUCUCCCGGAAUGAGGUUCCAUCGAAGUCUGACAGGACCACAAUAUCGUCUGUGUCCGCAGGGUCAUCUAUCUCACCCAUAGAGGUGUCAUUCCCGACCUCUACGCCCCCGACAUCUCACGUCCCAGGGCUGAGUAAUGAGUCCGACAUAGACUUCAGUCCAUCUGUGGGCGUCACACACCUUCAUCCUGUGCCCACUUCUUCCAACGAUGGUGCCACUCUUGACUGGAGCCGAGCUGGACCUCCUGGAUACAAACCAGAGCAUAGACGUUGGACGCUUUCCUUGUCCAAGGGCAAGGCGAAAGAGAGAACUCCGUCUCUUGGCAAGGGUGUUGUAGAGAAACAGGACUUCCUUUACACCCAGAAGCUGAAAAGGAUUAGAGAGAAGGCUCGGCCUAAUACUAUCCGGAAAGCAGCUAUAACAAGCGAACAACUGCAGCGGCGCUACAAUAUUCUCUAUGCUUCCUUAACCUCCAAGGCGGGUCCGCUUAAUCUGGCCAAGGUGGUGGGCUGGUACAGCAGCCAGGAACCUAUCGUGCGGUCGACACUGGAUCAAGCAGAACCCCUCACGUGGUUGAAGCACUUGCUUGAUAAACGUGGUGAAAGAGCUUCCUCUAGAUUGCCAUGGCAUGUUACAGCGUUGAUAGUGGAAGAAUAUCUCAAAUCCCAAACACACCCUGACGAUAUAAUGUCGAUCGGAACAAGUGUGACAGGAUCCCCUGUAGUCGAUAUCUCGCAAUCUUCUCGGGAUGCCAAGAACAUGCCAUCGCUAACUGUACAUGAGCAGAAUUUCAAGCGAGAUGAAGAACAGGAUGAGGUCAAUGAGGAGCUGGAUCGUCAAGAAUACGAGCGGAAAGCUCAGAUGGUCGAGGAUGCUAUGGCGCAAAAUAAUCGUAUCCGUCACCUACUGCAGCGAGUUGCGACUGGGGUGAAAGACUAUGAAUAUAUCCGAUCUCACCUCUCCCGGCUUUCAGACACCGAAUACGGGAGCCUGCCUCAAGAGCUAGUGGAUGCAUUCAGCCAUGAUCCCGCAGCCGUCACAGGCUCAACGCGGCGAUCUAAAGGCUGGAGAGCGGUCGAGGAUGUUCACAACCGUCUGCAGCGCCAGAACGAUAUCCUACGUUCGUUCAUUAUCCAGGAAAAGCAGGACAAUAAACGAAGUCAAACGAAGAGUAUCUUCGAAGAUCCGAUUAGCGGACUCGUUGAUGUUUUAGAGAAAUUGGAGGGCCAUCGUCAAGCAAUCGAGCGGAAGGCCGGUGAUGUUGCCCGAAUGUUGACCAAGGUGAAGCCCAUUCACGUCCAAGUGAAGCGCGAAUACAAUCAGACGCUAGCCCACACCUCAGCCGUGUAUGACGAGCUCUCGCUCAUCGUCCGUCUGGAAGAAAGUUAUAAGGACAACUAUCAGCAACUAUGGGAAUUUGGCAUGGAUGCCUUGACAUUCCUGUUAGAUACUGUUACUCCUUUUUGGCGGAACUAUGGCAAAGUCAUAGGUGAAGAUGUGCAGGAUUUCCUUAUUAUCCCUUGGUACCGCAACGAAUUCACAGGAGAAGCGAAGCGCUAUCCCAUCAAGCGUCUGCCGAGGCGAUCCUUUCGACAUUGGCUGGGUCUUCUGCUCUUCUCCCUUUCGACCCUUACCAUAACCAUCCUGCAAAUCCGCGCCGCGGUCUACGUCUCAUCACUGUAUAGACUGCCCGGGAUCAACCAUACUGGUCUGUGGUGGAUGGUUCUCCCUAUCUACUGGACGGGCUUUCUGAUCCAGUGGAUUGCCGUGUUAAUUGAGUGUGCCAUCGUUGGCGCACAAGUUGCGGUCGUGAUGUGGUGGGUCGGGUGGGCUUUGAACGUCUUCAAUUGA